CUCACACCCCAAUCUUCAAGAACUUUUCCGAGUAAUACCAAACUAUAAUUAUCUUCCUUGGUAUUGUUCACUUUCAAACAUCUUCAUCACCAUGCACAAUACCAACACUCGCCUCUUUGGCUUGUUCACUGUGCUUAUGAUAACGCCGCUAGUCUUCGCCGCACCUGGCAAUGGUGACGGUAUCAAAUCUGCCACCAUACCAGAUUAUGACAUUGACAAACUUAACAUUUCCACGCCAAUCUCCAGCGAGCCUACAGUUUACCCUGGACCUGGCCUUCCGUCCCUGGAGUCUCUCGGCUUGACAUCCUCCAACCUCUUCAAUGACAGUUUCAUGAAGACCUACUUGGCUGAUAAGGCAACCAACACUGCUACUACACAGCCACCAUUACUGGCAUCCAAGGCUUACACUCCGCAAGGGCUCCACAGCCUGGAAAAACGCUUCACUAAUCGAUGCUUAAAUGACACGAAUGGUGUUGGCUAUGGCACACAAGCUGGUCUCACUGCCUGCUACAAUUACCUCUCUUCACUUGGGACCACAGAGUGCGCCGCUAACUCAAACGGCAUCGUUAUGUGCUACGCUACUGUUAACGGGUUCACAUCUUAUGUUACAGGUCAACCCAUAAACACCACCACGUACGCAGCAAGCUACUGCCGAGAUGUCGCUACAGGCAUGGCGUGGGGAAUCCUUGCUUGCGUCUGGUGCCCUAAAGGCUGGAGUGAUUGUGUGGCUGAGUCGCUUUCUGCAGCGUAUGGGAACGGCAACCUAAUAAUUCGGAACUGGGGCAAUGCAUUCCCUUAGAAUAUAUUCAGUACUCAAAGGCAUGUAUCACAAUACAACAAUAUAUAUUCACAACAAAGGCACUUGCACUUUCCGAAGACGUAGACCGAUGAACUAGUAGGAAAUAAGUGAUCGCCCGAGACACUGUGAUCACUACAUUCUUAUAUAUAGGACUGAAUAGAUACCUUUAUG